GAUCCAGUCUACCAGCAACCGAUAAGGACAUCAUCUCCACCAAACCGACAUCAUCACUGACGUCAUCCCAUCUCAUCAUCUUAAACCUCCCUCAACCACCACAAAACCCAACCUAUCUACAUUCUGCACAAUCCAUACCACUCAAUUUAUCUCAAUUUUUUUUAAAACGCUACUUCCAAAAAGCCACCACAAUGCAAACCCGUCACCAAGCCGCCCAACCCUCCCAGCCCCCCAAACAAGCAGCCUACAACCAAUCCUCCAACCCAGUCGACCACAACCCCUACGAGCAACGCACACCCCAGCACCAGACCCGCCAACGCGGGGACCCCAUCUCAUCCAUAACUCGCAGCGCAAACUCCAAUCCCUCGAAUGAUGAAGCUCUCCGUCGACUGAACGCCGAACGCGAACAAGAGCAGCGCGCCAUGCAGAACGCCUCGGACGUGGACACGGAGUACGGCGUGGAGCAGCAGCCCGCGGAAGGGGAUAUCGCGCAUGCGGUGCAGAGCAAAUCGGCGGAUGCUCGGGCAAGAGCGCAGGCCGGGGCGCAUGCGGGUCCUGUAGGUAGUGCAAUGGGACCAGGGGAUCCGGGGUAUGAAAAGGGAGAGGCGGCGGAUCUGGAUCGGAAGAAGGAGGCUCAUGAUCGGAUGCUGGGGGAUCGGGUGGGACAGAGCCCGCCGGAGCCGGAUGCGGAGACGGUGAGGAGGGAGGCGCUGAGGGAACGGAAGUUGAGGCAAGAUCGGGAGUUAGAUGUGCAGGGGGCUGUGAGUGAGGGAUCGGGGGGUGCUGUUGUUGGAUGAUUUGAAGUAUAAGGUGAGGGAAUGUGGAGGAAUUGUCUCAUAUAGUGACCAAUUGGAUUAAUAUUGGUGAAUAUCAUAUUAUCAUGAAUGAAUUUAGGAAUGGUGUGACUGG